CUCUGUUCUCUCGAUUUGUCUGUCUCCGUGGAGAAGCAGCUUGUGCUUGGAAAAAAAAUCAGGGGAAUGGCACGGUUAUAAUCACGGACAGCGAGUGAGACAGUGCGAGGUGCCUCCAGACCGUGCUCGGCCUCAUCCCUGACCCUGAUGGCGGCGGCCGUGGUGGACGGGGUAUCAGUUGCCCCCAUCUCGGGCAGCUGUACGUCCGUGAACACAGUUUGUUCGGAUAGUGACCACCCGGUGAGCCUCAGCUCUUCCACUUCCUCGGCAUCGCUGCAGGAUGGUCACAGCUCGUUCGGCAGCAAUGGGACCCUGGUACCAAGCACAGGCAGUUUCAGUUACCCCGCUGUGCUCGGCAGCGACAUCAGCCUGGACCUAACACCGGUCAGCCAUGCCAAGGCCCCCUUGGGGGAGGGGGAUGGCAGGCCCGGGAACAUGAUGAUGGAAGCUCCCCGGGGAAUGGACUGUCGCGGUGUUCCCUGGUCCCCUCCUCCCAGCGCCACGUCCCAACUCAAGGAGCCCCUGGUGAAGCUGUCCCAUGUGGACAGGGUGGUGAAGGAGAUCAUUGAAACUGAACAGGCGUUCGUUCGGGAUUUGAAGAGCAUCGUGGAGGAAUUUGAAAAUCUCUGCGAGCUCCGUUUUAAAUUCUUGUCUCGAACCUCUGAGCAAAGCUCUUCCAAAAAUCGCAGGACCUGCGUUGGCAGCCGCCAGGCAAGAUUCCAACAGCAGAAAUAA